AUGCGUGCGUCAGCAAACCCGCCGACGGACCCGCCGUCGGUUCCGCCAGCGCACGAGUCAGCCCGCCGACGAACCCGCCAGCAUGCCCGUCGCCGACACGCUACCCGCAACUGCAUCCCGCCGCCCGCGCGAUAUCCGCUGCUGCAGCCCGUCGCCCGUCCCGUCGCACUGCCGCCCAUCGCCAAAUCCCCGCCACCCACCGCCGUUCUGCCCCAGAUCCCGCCCCCCCCCACCGAUAACUGCCGGCCCACCCCCAUCUCCGACUCCGUUUCCAGCGGGAAGGGGAGGAGGUGUGGCCCGAAGGGGACGGCUGGGGGAGGGGGAGUGGCGGGGUUGGCGGCUCAUGGGGUGUGGGUGGUGAGCGUUCAUAUGCAGCAUCAGCCGCCUCCUCCUCUCAUCCCCUGCCCCGUACCUCCCGUAUUGCCCGAGUUCCCCGUGCUUGCCCCGUGCCCCACCCGUUUCACCCGUGCUGUCCGUACCCGGUUGUGCCCCACCCGUUUCACCCGUGCGUCCCGUGCUUCCCGUGCUGCCCCCGUGCUCCUGAGCUGCCCCCGUGCUCCCGUGCUGCCCCCCGUGUUCCCGUGCUGCUCCCGUGCUGUCCUCGGGUUCCCGUACUAUCCCCGUGUUCCCGUGCUGUCCCUGUGUUCCCGUGCUGUCCCCGUGUUCCCGUGCUGCUCCCGUGCUGUCCCCGUGUUCCCGUGCUGUCCCCGUGUUCCCGUGCUGCCCCCGUGUUUCCAUGCUGCCCCCGUGCUGCCCCGUUCUGCAUGUGUCGUGCCCGUUCCCGUGCCGUGUUGCCCCGUUCAGCCCUUGUCCUGCCCCGUUCUGCCUGUGCUGCCCCGUUGUCCCCGUGUUGCCCCGUUCUGCCCGUGUUGCCCCGUUCAGCCCGUGUCCUGCCCCGCUCUGCCCGUGUUGCCCCGUUCUGCCCGUGUUGCCCCGUUCAGCCCGUGUUCUGCCCCGUUCAGCCCGUGUCCUGCCCCGCUCUGCCCGUGUUGCCCCGUUCAGCCCGUGUCCUGCCCCGUUCUGCCCGUGCUGCCCCGUUCUGCUCGUUUGUGCCCUACCCGUGCUGUCCGUACCCGUUCGUGCCCCACCCGUGCUGUCAGUUCUCGAUCGUGCCCCACCCGGUCUGUGCUGCCCGGUCUCGUGCUGCCCGUCACCCCCGUGCGGCCCGUCCCGUACAGCACCUAG